AUAAUCUUGUUUACACCCGUAGCAACAGGAUCUUGAUUGCAUUUGAAUGCAAAAAAAAAGUAAACACUCUAAAGAUACGAUGGAGGAUCGUGAAUCCUCGGAAGAGAUGGAUGGCCUGAAGUCUUUUGUUAUGGAUCAAAUUGAACAACAAAAUGUUUGCAAAAUUUCCUGAUAUAAUGUUUUAAAAAGAACCUCAUAAUCUGUUCAAUUCUUUUAUUCCGUUUUUAGAAAAACUCCAAUGAAAACAUAUCCUCUGACAGAUUACAAGCUUUUGUAAAUCGGGCGCUCUCAGAAAGCACUAGGUAAUAUGAGCUUUAGAUUUUUAUAGUAUAAAUUUAACAAACAAUCCUUGAAAAGAAUGAACAAACAAGUUAAAAAAUCGAAACUGGAAAUGGAAAAUCUAUACAAAAGUCUCGGAGUCAACAAUAUGGAUGAGUUAACCAGAGAGCAUAGAGAAGAGAAUGGAUUACAAUAAAAAGAAAAAUUAAAUAAUUGUACUUUGAAUAAAGUAAACUAUCGGAAUGUUAUACAUUUUUUGUUAAAAUACUGUCAAAUAUAUAAUAAAACCAAAAAAAAUCGUUUCAACAAAUGCAAGAAAAGCUAGUGAAUAAAAUUAAAAUCCUUUCAUAAACUUUCAAACAAAUUGUUAUAAUUGGCUUUCUUUUUCUCUAAAAACUACCUUUUUAAUUUGAUAGGCAAUAGAUGUCUCUACCUGCCCAAAUUCUUCUUUUCGCGUGUCUCCUAAUUCGUACUAGAAAUAUUCAAUUCUUGUGGAGAAAAUUAUAAAGUUUUGCGUUUAAAAUUUAAAGUAGAUUUUUGCUAAAGGGUAGAAUAUAUAAUAAUGAGUGACGAAGACGAAAGAUUGGAAAACUUAGACGAGCAACCUUGGGUUGGGAUUAAAACACAAUCUGGAAACUCAAUCAUAGUGAAGUACAUCUUCAGUCACAAAUCGUAUGAACUUUUGUUAUCUGAUGGGAUUUCAUGCUAUUAUGAAAGGAUGGAAGCAGAAGAAUUAUCCGAAAGAAAUAAAGAAACAAACCCCAGUCUUGAAUUAACUCAAGGAAAACUGUUACAUUUAAUUAAAUCGGCCUUUACAGGAGAACGAAAUGUAAAAAUGAUUGUUAAGAAAGAGAGUGACAAAAUACAGUGCUCUUUCACUUAUUCUAUUUCUGGUACUCUGUUUCAAUGGAAGAUCAUUGCCCGACGUCAAGUUGAGAGAAUGAAAAGUGAUCUUUUAUCUCCCCUCUUUCAAAUGGCAGAAGAGCUUAGUAGACGCCAAGCAGUUUUAUUUACAAAGCUACGAGAAAAGGACAAAGAAAUUGAUGAUUUAAAAAAUCAAGGCGUUAAAUGCAGCAGAAAACAUUUAGAAACACCUAUCUUUGAUGAAAGUCUAUUUCAUGAAUCGAUGAAAAAUGCCAAAGCAUUCAAAGAUAUCUGUAAAGAUGAUGAUAACAUGGGAUUUUCUCCACAUUUACAGCGAUUUUAUAAAGAAAUUAUGAAGAAAAAAUGUGAAUCCGAUGAUGAAGACAUUCCAGCUAGUGGUAGUGGAAAUAACGCUUCCAACUCUCCUGUGAAAUCUGUAAGAGAAAGCCCUAAAAAAACAUCUGAUCAAAUGCGAAAAGAAGCUAAUGAUCGUAAAAAAGCUGAAGAAUAUAAUACUCCCGUUGUGCAAUCAAAGAAAAAGAAGAAGCUAAAAAUUUAGAAUCAGAGACUUUCAAUUUUUCCUAUUUCAUCAUCAGUAAUGUAAUUAAACGUCUAAAGAACGUUAUAUCUUACUAUCACUGAAUAGCUAUUUUUAAUGUUUUUACUUAAUAAUAAUAUUUAUGCAAAUGAUCAUCUUUAAAUAAAUCAAUCAUUCAAACGCCUACAAGAUGAAAAAUAUACAGAAUAUACUAUGUGUACUUGAAAUAUCUAUUGUGUCUACGACUCCGUAAAUGUUUGCUUUGUUUAAAACGAAAAAGCUUUAUUCUUUCAUAACAUAGUUCAUACAAACCAAUGGCUGUCACAAAAAACUACGUGCUUUUUAUAUUGACACAUAGAAAAGCCAAUUGUUAUCUUACUUUCUUUUUUAUUAUAAUCACUUCGUUCUUAGUUUUUGUGAGAUAGUCUUCUAUUAUCCUCACAGCUGUCCUAUCAAACAUUAAUAAUACUUUUUUUCUAUCGCUGUUUCAUUCUUUUUUUA